AAAGCGCAAGGCUCUCCGGUUUCCGUCCCACGUGACGUUGUGACGUCACAGGUCCUUACCGGAUAUAGUAUAAACAGCAGUGUACCCAGACUCCCAGAGAAGAGGCUGGCGGGGUCUUAACCAUGGGCGGCGGAGACUUGAAUCUGAAGAAAAGCUGGCAUCCCCAGACGUUGCGCAAUGUGGAGAAAGUGUGGAAGGCCGAGCAAAAACAUGAGGCAGAACGGAAGAAAAUCGAGGAACUUCAGCGGGAGUUGCGGGAUGAGAGGGCUCGAGAGGAAAUGCAGAAAUAUGCGGAGGACACGGGCGCUGUGAAAAAAAAAGAUGAAAAGUUGGAUUGGAUGUACCAAGGUCCUGGUGGGAUGGUGAACAGAGAUGAAUACCUUCUUGGACGGCCCGUGGACAAGUUCAUCCUUGAUAAGAUGCAAGAUCCUGAAUCUGGUCCUUCUACUGAGACUGGACUUCUUCCAGGGUCAAUUUUCAGUACAUCCGGAGCAGCCUCAUCCUUGGACAUUGCAAACAAAAUCCGUGAGGAUCCACUCUUCAUGAUUAGAAAAAGAGAAGAUGAGAAAAGGAGAGAAGUUCUAAAGAAUCCUGUAAAGAUGAAAAAGAUUAGAGAACUGCUCCAAACUAGCCUGGAUAAGAAGAGCAAAAAGAAGAAGGAAAAAAAGAAGAGGAAGAAGGAGAGGCGAUCAAGUUCCAGCAGCAGCAGUGGUGAAGAGAGUGGCAGUGAUCAGGAGGACAGAGCCAGAAGCAGGGCUCACAGACAACAUUCCCCAUCUCCUCCUCCUCAUCAUAAGGCUCCGGGCUACGGACUACAGAUUCGAGAUUCCAGUAAGAGUAACAAAAGAGAUGUACCAUUAGAACAGGACCGGCACAGACGUCGCUCGAGGAGUCCUCAUCGUGACAGAGUGCAGGAGAAAGCUAGGACUGACUGGAAAUAUAAGAGGAGUCCGUCCCCAAAAAAAGAAGAAAAGUACAGAAGACAGAGAGUGUCCGGGUAUACAAAGAAACUCUCCGCUGAAGAGCUAGAAAAGCGCAGGUUGGAGAUGAUGGAGGACGCCCAGAAGAGGGAGAAAGACAGGGAAAGUAAUGUACGGAGAUACAGACAGGAGGAGGAGAAUGAGGAAAAGAAGAACCAUCACAAUAAAGACAGCAAAUUCUUACAUCAGAUGAAGCUGGAUAGUGCUGCCUCCUCGUCACUGGAGGACAGGGUGAAGCGUAAUAUUCAUGGGAUUCAGCGGACCUCCUCAGCCCUGGAGAAGAACUUCAUGAAAAGAUAAUUUUCCGACAGUAUACACAUCUUCCUUCCAUUCUUAAUAUGGACAUUAUUCUGGUCUACCAUUCGCUAUCGCAGUGUCUCAUUACUUGUUUUAUUUGUAUAAAGAGUCCUUGAGUAUAUUUUAUAUGGGU